AUGUCAAAUCCAAACGCCUACGGCACCCCGGUGUCGGACACGGCCUUCCCGGCCGACGCCGAAACGAAACGCAAAGCCGAAGGCAAAGCCCGAUACGAAGCGAAACUACUGGGCAAGAAAUACCAUGCGCCAGUCGACUACAGCAUGCUCGAGGAUACCACAGCCCGCAACCAGCGCCUGGACGUCGCGUCCAUGGUGGGCAAGACCGUGAUUGUACCCGCAGGCUCGGGAAUGGGCAAACGCGGCCGUGGUGCCGGAUUUUACUGCAAGGACUGUGAUCUUACCUACAAGGAUAACUUGCAACUUGUGGAGCACUUGAACAGCAAGCAGCAUUUGAUUGCGACGGGACAGAGUGGCGAGGUGAAAAGGGCGAAUGUUGAGGACGUGCGCUUGCGGUUGAGGAUGCUUUCGCAUCGGAAGCGACAGAGGGACGAGGAAGAGCGCAAGGCUUGGCAGCUUGAUCUGGGGGUGCGGCUUAAGGAACGGGAGGAGAUUGAUGCUAAGGAGAGGGAGGGAAAAGAGGCGCAAGCGCAAUGA